AUGGAUAGCAAGAAUGAUGAUAAAUCAAUGUCUCUUCGUGUCACCGAUUUCAGUUCAUUACCAAAGCGAAUGCUAACACCCAUUGAAGGCUACGAAAAGACGCCACUUGUAACAAUUGAAGAUGCAGUAAAACCUCUCGUUAGCAUCGUACCAAAAGUCGAACGUAAUGUACACAUCGUCAAACAGAACUGUAAAAACCCAGCAGAUGGUUUAACAACUGAUGAAUCUGCUUCGAUUAUGCUCUAUACGUACGAAUCGAAGCCACAUGAACAGUCUCUCUAUGUUAUUCUCAACGAAACAUUACGUUCGGAAGAAAGACAGAAACUAAUCCCUUGGUUUCAGUAUUUACGACUUGUAUUGACAGCAUUGGCUCGCCUACCAUCCGAACGACUUUUCGUUAAUAGAGGAAUCCGAAAAGAUUUACACGAAGAAUAUCCGGCAGGUAGCACUUUUAUUUGGUGGGGAUUUUCAUCGUGUACCUCAUCCAUCAAGGUGUUGGAAUCUGGGAUGUUCUUAGGCAAAACUGGAACCCGUACUUUAUUUCAAAUCGAUUGUCAUACGGGAAAGAAGAUUAAAAAUCAUUCAUUUUUGCCUAAGGAAGAUGAAAUUCUUUUGCUUCCUGCCAGGCAAUUUGAAGUUACAUCCUGUCUUAAUUCUGGUAAUGGACUUCAUAUAAUUUCACUCAAAGAAAUAGAUCCGAAACAUCCAUUACUUGAACCCAUCCCCGUGCCUCCAAUGACAACUUCAGGUAAUUAUUCAUUAUGA